CAGAGAGAGGCUGGGGCAGAGGCGGCCGGAGCGGCUGAGGGAGCGCGAGCGGCGCGGGGGGGCCCUGUCGGCGACAGCGACGACAGCGGCGACAGCAGCGGCGACAGCGACAGCGGCGGGUCCCAGCGCCUCGCGGCCCGGCGUUACUCCGCUCCGCUCGGCGCCGGGCGGCCCCGGCCCGCGGCGGCGGCGGCGCUGACAGCCCGCCCGGAGCCCCGGGGGCGGCCGCGGCCACCAUGUCGUCCCCCAGCCCGGGCAAGAGGCGGAUGGACACCGACGUGGUCAAGCUGAUCGAGAGCAAACACGAAGUCACAAUCUUAGGAGGACUCAACGAAUUUGUCGUGAAGUUUUAUGGACCACAAGGAACACCCUAUGAAGGUGGAGUAUGGAAAGUUAGAGUCGACCUUCCUGACAAAUACCCCUUCAAAUCCCCAUCUAUAGGAUUCAUGAAUAAAAUCUUCCAUCCCAACAUUGACGAGGCGUCAGGAACUGUGUGUCUAGAUGUAAUCAAUCAAACCUGGACAGCUCUCUACGAUCUCACCAAUAUUUUUGAGUCGUUCCUGCCCCAGCUGCUGGCCUAUCCCAACCCCAUAGAUCCUCUCAAUGGGGACGCUGCAGCCAUGUACCUCCACCGACCAGAAGAGUACAAACAGAAAAUUAAAGAAUACAUCCAGAAAUAUGCAACAGAAGAAGCACUAAAAGAACAGGAAGAAGGCACCGGGGACAGCUCAUCCGAGAGCUCCAUGUCUGACUUCUCUGAAGACGAGGCUCAGGACAUGGAGUUGUAGUAGAGGAGGCCACCUGCUUUUCAGAGAGACUCUAAUUUCCUAACCAUGAGAAGCAGACUAUAAUAUUCAUAUUUAAACAAAGCAAUUUUUUUUAUUACUAAACAAGGUUUUUAUGAAUUCUAGCAUUGAGCUACACAUAUAUAUAUAUAUUUAUAUAUAGGUGUGUGUUUAUAUAUAAAUAUAUAUAUAUAUAUAUCACCCUUUAGCUCUUGGUUUUCUGGGUCACGUCCCGGCUCCCGAGGUGCGUUAGAGCGUUCCCGACAUUCCAUUCUGGUAGCUAUAUGCAGGAUGCAUGCCUUGAGAUUUUCCAUUUGGCCGAGUCAGCUUUGGUGUGCUACCAAACAGCUGCCCUGGGAGGGAGGGAAUCAGCAAAAAAACAAAAACCCAAAAAUCCAAACAAAAGGUAGAAAAAAGAGAAGGAUUUGCUGUGGGGUCGAGGUUUCCAGCUGAGGUGUUGGUGUUGCCUCCGAGUGUGAGCCCUUGGGGGUGUGGGGAUGGAGGGGGCUGCCCCAGGCUGUGUUCAGGGGAUCACACAGGGCGCCUGAGCCCCGAGCAGCGCAGGGCAGACGCCUGGACUCGCUGGGCAUUCCAGCCCUGCUGCUGUGGGCUCCUGCCUGCCCUCCGCAGCUGUGGGCACUGAGCUGCCUGCUGCACCCUGCUGGAGAAGCUGUGGAUGAUGUUCCCUGCUCUGCCUGGGAGGGAAGAACCACCCAGAAGCACCCACGGAUGAGGAGGAAGCUCCUGGAGCUGGGAUGCACCUGGAGCCCAACUCCUCCUCUGCCCGCGCUCUGGAACCUGCUGCCCUUCCACGGCUCCCACUUGGCUUUGUCAUUUUUGGUUUUUCUUUCUUUCUUUCUUUUCCCUCCCCUCCCUCUUUUGCUGGAAGUGUGGUUCAGACACCUGACAAACGCUGGCUGUGACCUGGGAAUUCUCCUCUGACCGGAUGGAUUGGCCUUGCCAGAGCUUCAGCUCCACGGAAUUGUCCCGUUGGCCCAAGUCCGCGAAUCCAUCGGCACCGAUUUUUGAUUUUCCUUUUUGGUUUUUGGUUUUUUUUUUUUUUCUCUUUUUAAAUCUUUCUUUCCUCCCCCUUCUGCACCAGCUUGGUUCCCAUCUGCUUGUGUGUGUACAACAGGAUAAAAAUUCCUGAAGAGUUAACAAAGAAAAUUAUCUAGGAAAGAAAAAAAAAAACCACACAAAAUUUGAGCUGAAUAAAAAAAAAAGCCUAAAAAGCACCAAUUGAGGAAGCAAAUGAAUUCACUCUUUGGUUUUUUGUUGGUUGGUUUGGUUUUCUUUUUUGGUUUUUUUUUGGUUUUUUGGUUUUUUUUUCCAGGAUGUGUGGGAAUUGGAAUGUUGGAUUUCUCCUGGUGUCUUGCAGCAAACUGAGAGAUUUUUUUUUUUUUCUGUGCUGUUGUUCCUAGAAAUCUGAUAAGUAAAUGUCUCCUUGGGAUACUUGAAUUGGGAUAAUUGUGCAUCGGAGCUUCAAGCUGAGAUGGAUUUUUAAAGCUGAAUGUUACCUGCUGUUUUCUUUUGGGGAUUUUUGGAGGGGUUUGGACGAGAUCUUUUCGUUUGUGACGCGACCCGCAGGAAGAAAUCAACCCACCCUGAGCGACUCUGGAGCAGAGUGUUGAAUGUCAGACUGGUGCAUUUGCCAUUUCCCCAGAAUUCUUGGGCUUUGUUCCCUUUUCCUUUCGAGACUCCACCGAGCUGGGGCUGGGAGAGCCCGACCCCACCUCUGAUUCAUAAAGCACAAUCAGUUCCUUUCAUUUCUUGUUGCUUUUGGGGGGAGAACAACAAAAACUCCAUCAAGUCCCACUUGGCUUUGGCAUGAAUUUCCUUAAUAAAAAAACCUACCAUGAAUUUCCUUUCUGUUAAUUCCGGGCACGAAGCAAAGGUUUUCCCUCUCCUCCUCCUCCUCCCCCCAUCCUCUCCCAGCAGUGGUGUAGGGCUGUGGCUAGUACUGUGCUGAAGUUCUCUAUCUAGCAUUUGUGGCUUGCUGGAGGGUAAUAUUAAUUAUUUAACAUGUAAUGAUGUAAUUAACUCUUAUCUAGCACGUUGUUUGCUCAUUAAUUUGGGGAGGGAGGGGCCACGUUUAACUCGCUUUCCUGCUGCCCUGGCAGUUUUGCUUGUGCUAUAAACCUUUACUUGUAGGUGCUACUUAGGAGUAGAGUCAAGUGCUGGGUGGUGAUUUCAGUUUAAAAAGCUUCAAAAAACGAGAAAAAAACAACAAAAAACCAGAACAACAAAAAAAAAACCAAAAAGGCAACCAAAAAAAAAAAAAAAA